ACAGUCGAAUGCGCUUCGGUACGGGUGGUGCUGCUGCGAGCUAUGGUCGAACAAUCGAUGACAUCUUCUCGGCGCAGGAAUACCGCAACUGGGCCGGUAUAGAUGCAGGAGUUAGGUCGCAUGAAAGGCAGUCCAGAUGGUCUCACACGUAUGGCGAAAAACCCGGUGCCUCGGUCCGAAGCUCAUCACUUCCGUCCAGGGCUAUCCUUGCUAAUGCGAACAGAUUCUCGCUAGGCCACGAGCGCGGGGAUUUGUUAGACAGGCUGCAUGUUUCACCGUUGAUGAACAGACGUGUGCCACUGAGGGCAGCUGGACCAGGAUUUGAUGUCGAUACACCAUUGAAUGUGACUUCACUUACUGGAAUCCUCGUCGUUCAGAUGUUUUUUUAUUUCGUUUAUUAAAA